AAGGAGGAGGAGGAGGCCCCACCCUCCAUUCAGAGAGACUGAGAGAGCGAGACCAGAUCCCCCCCCCCUCGCUUCCGCCUCUGCAAACGACAACACCCGCCCCGCCGCCGCCGCCGGUGAUCGAGGGGCUAGUCGUCCCUUCCCUCCCCGUCCCUGCCCGCGAGAAAAGAAGCAGUAGCAGCAGCAGCAGCAGCCAUGUUCGGCUCCACCAACCCAUUCGGGCAGUCAUCCACGAGCCCAUUUGGCCAGACCUCAUUUGGAACCCAGCAGGGAUUCGGCCAGGCUACCACUGCAGCCAACAAUCCCUUCGCACCAAAACCAUUUGGCAGCCCAACUACCACUUUCGGGGCACAGACUGGGAGCUCACUUUUUGGCACUACAUCCACUGGCGCCUUUGGGCAGCAGCAAUCCACUCCCACGUUUGGCACCCCAUCCUCCUCCUCUCCGUUCGGGAGCUCCACACCAGCUUUCGGUGCAUCGCCCACCCCUGCCUUUGGUGCCACAUCCUCCUCCUUUGGCUCUGGAUCUUUAUUCGGGCAAAAGCCAAGUUUUGGGGGUUUUGGAACAUCUCCUAGCCAGUCGAGUCCUUUUGGUAGCACGCUCCAGCAAACACAGCCAACAUUUGGCAGCAGCACUUUUGGUGCAGCAACUACACCAUCCUUCGGCACCCCAACUACACCGUCCUUCGGCACCACAACUACCCCAGGAUUUGGUUCAACGUCAACAUCUUUAUUUGGUGCUUCCAGCACCCCGGCGUUUAGUUCUACAGCUUUUGGUUCGUCCACUCCUGGUUUUGGAUCUUCAGGAACAACAGCGUUUGGUGCGAGCAGUACUCCAGGUUUUGGAGCUUUGAGCACGCCUUCAUUUGGCACAUCAACUAGUGCAUUCAGUUUUGGUUCUUCAGCAUCAUUUGGGCAAACGGCAGCUUCAUCUGGUAGCUCUCCCUUUGGCACAACUCCAUCACCUUUCGGCGCACAGACUUCUCCCUUUGGCUCACAGACAGCAGCGCCAACUUUUGGGCAAGCACAAUUUGGUAACCAAGCUGGAGGAACCAGAAUAAAACCUUAUGCUCAAACACCAGAUGUUGACAGUGCUACAAGUGGUACUCAGCCUGCUGCAAAAAUGGAUUCCAUAUCAGCAAUGCCUGAAUACAAAGACAAGAGUCACGAAGAAUUGAGGUGGGAAGAUUACCAGCGUGGAGAUAAAGGUGGACCAAAUCCUUCUGGAACUCCAGCAGCGGCGCCUAGCUUUCCCUCUACACAACAAAAUGCUUUUACCGGUGCAUUUGGCCAAGCUACUUUAAACCAAUUUCCAUCGACAGCAACAAACAAUCCAUUUGCUGCUAAGCCCUCAACUGGCUUUGGUUCUACUAGCACAUCAAUAUUCAAUUCGUUUAAUAAUGCAUCAGCUGCAAGUUCGAGUCCAUUCCCAUCGUCCAGUGGUAGCACACUAUUUGGACAAUCAAGUGGUUCUGCAUUUCCAUCAAGUAGUUCACCAUCUUUGUUUCCAAAUACCACUCCUACUUUUGCUCCGUCUUCGUUAUUUGGCACAUCAUCAACGAAUGCAAGUCCAUUCAGCACUAGCUUGUCGUUGGCCAACACUCCGGCAGUUGGGCUAUUUCAACCUUCCCCAGCAUUUGUGCAACCGCCAUCAAGUACACCAGCUUUCUCCUCUGGAAGCCUAUUCAGCACACCUAACUAUGGCGGUCUGAGUGGGCCUUCACUUUUUUCAACGCCAACAUUUCAACCAUCUGCCCCUGCUCAAACUUCAAGCAUGUUCUCCUUCCAACCUCCGACUCAGCCAGCUCCUACAGGUGGAUUCCCUGGUUUUUCCAACACUACAAAUCAGGCCCCGAUUGGACAGCUAACUCCUGGCCAGUCCAAUAUGGUCAUGCAGCCUGCUCCUGUUUCGCAUCCAUUUGGGACACUUCCUGCAUUGCCUCAGAUGACCAUUGGAAAUGCUAGAUCUUCUCCUUCGGUUCAAUAUGGAAUAUCAAGUUUGCCAGUUGCGGAGAAGCCACUUCCUAGCAGAACAUUAUCCAUGGUGGUUCCUAGGCAUUUGUCACAUAGAAGGAUAAAAUUGCCCCCAAGAAAAUAUAAUCCAAUAUCUGAUGGCAAGGUUCCAUUCUUUGCUGAUGAUGAAGAAUCUCCUGCAACACCAAAAGCGGAUGCUUUCUUCAUCCCUAGAGAGAACCCGAGGAAUCUGAUAAUCCGUCCAAUCGAUCAGUGGCCUUCACGGAGUGGAAUUGACAGGCAACUGAUUCCAAAGGAUUCAGCUGAUUUGGAAAAAUCUAAAGGUGCUUCCUCAGAAAGUGAGCGUGAUGAGACUGACAUGUCACCAAGCAGGCCUUCUCCAGUGGAAAAUGGCAAUCACCGCGAGCCCAAGGCUGUGACUCAACAUGGGAACGGUACUUCAGUUGAGAGGCUGAUGCCUAAGCUCCCACAUGCAGAUUACUUCACGGAGCCUAGCCUAGAGGAGCUUGCCGCCAAGGAACGUGCUGAGCCAGGCUACUGCUGUCGGGUGAGGGACUUUGUUGUUGGGCGUCAUGGUUACGGCAGCAUCAAGUUCCUGGGGGAGACAGAUGUAAGGGGCCUGGAUCUGGAGUCAAUUGUGGAGUUCAAUAACCGCGAGGUGAUUGUGUACAAGGACGAUAGCAAGAAGCCCCCGGUGGGUGAUGGGCUGAACAAAGCCGCAGAGGUGACUCUUCUGAACAUCAAGUGCAUGAACAAGAAGACUGGUGAGCAGUACCUUGAGGGUCCGAGGGUGGACAAGUACAAGCAGAUGCUGGUGAAGAAGGCUGAGGAGCAGGGCGCUGAGUUUGUGUCUUUUGACGCUGCCAAGGGAGAGUGGAAGUUCAGGGUGAGGCACUUCAGCGCCUACGGGUUUUGGUGAAGGCGCAGCAGUCCCUGCAGUAAUGUAGUCAUCAAUCACAUUGCAAUGUUUUUGUUCGCUUUGUUGGAGUUGUAGCAAUUUGCACGCUGUGCUGUCAAUGUCAUGCAUGGGUUUUGUUAUGCUUUUGUACAGAUCUUUUUUCUCGUUGCUGUAAUGUUUGCAUAUUGUGCAUGUACUGCUUUGCUAAAAUAGUAAGCACAAAGGCAAAUUUUUUUUGUAA